AUGGAAGCAGCAUCUAGUUUACCACGUGAAUGUGCAGAUUUGAAAUUGUCUACUAACGGUGUUCAUACUAUAUACCCGUAUGGUGAACUUUCAAAACCAAUGUAUUGCUUCGUUGAUGAUACAGGUCAUUCAUGGACGGUUAUUCAACGUCGCUUCGAUGGAUCUGUAAAUUUCUACAGGGAUUGGCAGGAUUAUAAAAAUGGUUUUGGACAAGCGAGCGGUGAACACUGGAUAGGCAAUGACAUCAUACAUGCAAUUACAGCUGAUUCUAAUCACGCUCUGAUGAUACUGAUGACAGAUUACAACAAUGUUACAAAGUAUGCGGAAUAUUUAUCCUUUCAUGUAGAUAACGAAGAAAAUGCAUACCGUUUAAUGUUAGGAAAAUACACCGGGAAUGCCGGUGAUUCCUUGAUGGAACAUGACGGUCAAAAAUUUUCCACAUAUGACAGAGACAAUGACGUGGGCUCUGGAAGCUGUGCUCAGGGGUCUAAAGGAGCAUGGUGGUAUAGUAAAUGUCAUCAAUCCAACCUGAAUGGUCUAUAUCUUAGGGGUCAAAAUAGUCAAUACGCUCUCGGCGUGGUAUGGAAAGCCUGGCACGGAUACUACUACUCGCUUAAAACUACAACCAUGAUGAUUCGAAAAUACUGAUUAAAGCAAGUGGAAUUUGAAUUUUCUUUUUAAUAUCACCCAGCUUGAGAAAACUGUUGACAGAACAUUGGUUUUAUACUAUAUGGUGUGUACGUUUAAAACGCUGUUGAUGGAUAACCAUAGCAAUAUGACGA